UGAACAACUGCUGUCCCUGCGCUGAGGUUUGGGUGCGUCCGAUGUGUAUCAUUACCAUGGGAGCUGUAGCAGAGCGUGUCACACAGUUGUCUGUGCUUGCUUGUAUCUAAAUGCACGCACACAUCUCUUGGGCUGAAGGAGACGUCUGAAUAAUUAUCAGGGCAUGCCUGAUAAUCUGUAUGCUACCAACAUGUCUCUGGAUCUCUCUAUAACUGGGCAUCGCACUGCACUUCCACAGCGCAAGAGCAGAAGCACUUACCGUUUCAAAGCCGCAAACUCCUAUGUAGACGAGUCUCUAUUUGGUAGCUCUGGGGUAAGAGUAGAUCAAACUCUACAGUGGAAUACUGCUCCACCUUCUCAGACACCUCUUCUGUGGAGCCCAGGAGAAAUAAAAGAGAACAAAAAAACCUCGAGCUGUAGGCCUAAAAGCACUCCAGCAGGGACUCCCAGGAAAAAGAUUCAAUACAGGGUGAAGAGCCGCACGCCUUCAUAUUGUGAUGAAUCUUUGUUUGGUGGAAAGGUGGAGGAAUGCACGUGGGAUGCGCCUUGGGUGAAAAAAGAAGACACUGUCAAAAUCCGUCCCCUUCUCUGGAGUCCUUCACCACGCUUAGUCCAACAGAGUUCCAUGCAGAAUGCUAAGCAAGGUCCUUUGCGCGCUGUGCAUCCACCUGAAACCUCAGACAGUCCCCUAGGAACUCACAAGGGGCUGGGAGCCUUCUGGAAACCACCGGAAAGUGAUUCGGACUAUUCCCCAUCUCCAUUCAGUGCAAGACAAAGACAAAGCACCCCUGGCAGAGAGACUGUUCGGUCAGCAAGCUGUUCUGGCAGGGUGACAGCCAGAAGAGGCUCUGUUAAAAUGCAGGAGAGACCUCCAUGGAAAUGAAACUAGCGUGGGCAUAGAAAUUUCUUUUAAGCGUGCCACCAGUUUAAGGAAGCCGUAUACAUCACUAGCCCUGUAAGUGGGGCCUAUGGAUCCAGGCAAUUACAGAAUAAAAUAUAUUAAAAAGUUUUAUUUGCACGCUGGGCAUAAACGUAAUCAGCAUUUUUCCUGAUAGUGAGUCCAGUAAGCUCCCUGUGAGAAACACUAUCUAAUUUAUAAUGUGUGGGAACGCCAAUAGUACAGAAAAGAUGAGAAGCUAAUUCUACAGAAAACAUUGUGCCUGCCUGCCUGAGAAAACCAUUUUUUUUUGGUGUUGUAUGUAAUACAAAGUGGGUUACAUACACACUGGUAAAUGUUUCGAAUUAGCAGAGCUCAUUUACUAACAUAGUUGGUAAAUUACACUAGUAAAGUUACCUGUAGCAACUGAUCAGCAAUGUGCUUAGGUUAGUUGGAAGGCAAGAGCAGAGAUUUUGUUGUUGUUUUAAGGAGGUGUCUGGUCAUAUUUCACUAGUGAAUAGUUACAUUCUGCUUUGUUUUAUGGUAGAGCAUAUAAUCUAGAGACACUAGUUCUGCUAGCGCACUUUAUGGUUCUGUGACUUACCAUGCUCCGUGAUGUAUUGAGCAACAAAAAAAAAACUGGUGGUGUGAGUGGCCAGAUGGCUGAUAUCAUCAUUUGGCUUAUUGCUUUAGCUAUCAAAAUGAAUAUAUGUAAAUAUUCAUUGGUCAGUGUAUUCGUUAAAAUGUUAUCUCCACAAAGCCAGAUACGACAAAUAGCUCAACCAUUUAGAUUGUGGUGUUUUUUUUUUUUUUCAUUUAAAAAAAAUUCACUCUGCAGCGUAAUUACGCAAAUAAUGAAUUUAUAUACAUUUGAAUGAAUUGGCCGAGCACUGCAUUUCUGAUGGGACAUAAAAUGCCACAAUACAGGACAAUGCAAUGCAUGCACAGUAUUGACUGUAAUGCAGACUCAAUGGUAACUACCAGAUGUGAUUGAAUUGUGCUGCGGUUUUAUUAUGGCACAAGCAAUUCUCUAUGUAACUAUGUCAUUAUGUUAUGCUUGGUACUUUGUCAUUAGUGGUGGCCGCUUAUUAGGUAAAGGCUAGGAUAACUUGAGAGCAUUGUGUAUAUGAAACUUUCAGUUGCAACCAAUGAAGAAGUUGGGUUGAAAAAUAUGUUCUGUUUCUUAGUAUUCUGUUUUGUAAAAACAGGGCACUGUGAAAAAUAUAAAGACAGAAAGUGCCUUAGAAGAGACGGGUUAAACGAGCAAAAACGUAUAAUGUUUGGUCACAGCAGUAACAGACUAAACAGCACAACAAUAUGUGUCAGAAUGGAAAACAAUUUUGUUUGUGUACAAGCGUCAGUGUACAGCUGCCUCAUUCUUAAGUGUGUGUGAGUGCGUCAGUAUGUUCUUUAGUUGUUUUUAAUUGUGAAACCUUAUUUUUGGAAAUCCGUGUAUUGCAUUUUUAUGUAAUGUUAACAACAUAUCUGUUGAUUUACUCAUAAGGGCUCAUUUACAAGCUCAAGUCAAGUGGGCACAUUUGGACAUGAAUCGCCGGGUGUUUUAGCCGCAUUGCAUUUUUUUCCCAUAGUACCAUUAUCAUUACCUCUGAGUUGUGAAAGACAAUUACACAAGUUUGCCAUGAUUUGUAGCAUUUGUGUGUGGCAGUAGACCCAGUAUAGCCUUGCAUUAAGUUUCACACUGUGUGUAGUUUAUCCAAACAGAUCGGCUGGGCAUAUUGACACACUGCACCAAAACAAACACAAGUGCAAGGAGCAGUUUGUCAGAAAGUACCUUUGAAUACCGUCACUUUGCACAGUGACUGUGCCAUGUUUGCAGUUGCACCAGUAAAUGAGCACUAUAAUGGCAUAUGUGUGAUACUAAGGCAAUAAUAGUUUGUUUGUUUUUUGAAUUGUGAGGUAUUACAACUCCUGCUGUCUUCAAGAUGCAAUACUUCUGUUAAUGUGAAUCCCCCCUCCCCCUCCAGUCCUGUGCCGAGUGGAGAAAUAGUUCCAUCUGAAAAAAUUGGCAUGGAAAAGGACCAGUAAUCCCUAAAGAUGCAAUUGUGAGAUCUGGCAGUAGAGCAAGAGACUGGAUGGGAAUAUUCUGUAAUAUUGCAGUACUUUAUCUGGUACUGUUUUUAUGUACUGGAUGAAUUUUAUUUGCUUUAUUAUGUUAUCAUUUUGCAAAAUUCAGCCAUUAAUUAGUUCAAUUAUACAAACUUCUGUAUUAUGUGAUAUUAUUGUUUGCAUAUAUUUUUUUUUAUUAAAUUCUGCCAUUUUCUGCAAAAAAAACUGCAUUAUUUUUUAUGGUGAAAUAAUGGCAUCAAACAAAACAGUGCAUGUGAUCACAUUAUUUUUACAUUUAAGGAUUAUUUAUUUAUGUAAUGCAGAGGUUUUUCUUCAUUUAUUGUCUAUGACAAAGCUGAGCAGCUUUCUCCACAUAGUGGGCCUAAUAUCCAAUAUAUCUGAUGUUUGGAAAUCAAAUUAUAUGAAUUAUCAUUUAUCAAAACUGUUAUUAUCCUCCAUGACAAUUUCUGAAAUCAGUAUACAGAAUCCAAUAAUAUACACUCAUAUUACUCUACCUCAGAGCUUGUGUAAUCCAUUAAAACAAUGGAAUUUA